AGGACAGAGCACCCAGCCUCUCUGGACAGUGAACAGGGAAGAGUGAAGAAGACUCCCGAGUUUCCUAUUUUGGAGAAGCAGAACUGGUUGAUACAUCUCCACUAUGUCCGGAAGGAUUAUGAAGCAUGCAAGGCUGUUAUCAAAGAACAGCUUCAGGAGACUCAGGGGUUGUGUGAAUAUGCCAUAUAUGUCCAAGCAUUGAUAUUUCGCCUAGAAGGACAUAUCCAAGAAUCUCUAGAACUCUUUCAGACGUGUGCUAUUCUCAGCCCUCAGAGUGCUGACAACCUCAAGCAGGUGGCCAGAUCUUUAUUUCUUUUGGGAAAACAUAAAGCUGCCGUAGAAGUAUAUAAUGAAGCAGCUAAACUUAACCAGAAAGAUUGGGAGAUCUGGCACAACUUAGGAGUUUGUUACAUUUACCUGAAGCAGUUCAACAAGGCACAGGAGCAGUUGCACAAUGCCCUACAGCUCAGUAGGCAUGAUCUGACUUACAUAAUGCUGGGAAAGAUCCACUUGCUGGAGGGAGACUUGGACAAGGCCAUCGAAAUCUACAAGAAAGCAGUGGAGUUCUCACCAGAAAACACAGAACUUCUCACAACUUUAGGAUUACUCUACUUACAGCUCGGCGUUUACCAGAAGGCAUUUGAGCACCUUGGAAAUGCACUGACUUAUGACCCUACCAACUACAAGGCCAUCUUGGCAGCAGGCAGCAUGAUGCAGACCCAUGGGGACUUUGAUGUUGCCCUCACCAAAUACAGAGUCGUAGCUUGUGCUGUGCCAGAGAGUCCCCCACUCUGGAAUAACAUUGGAAUGUGUUUCUUUGGCAAGAAGAAAUACGUGGCAGCUAUCAGCUGCCUGAAACGAGCCAACUACUUGGCACCCUUCAACUGGAAGAUUCUAUAUAAUUUGGGGCUUGUGCACUUGACCAUGCAGCAGUAUGCAUCAGCUUUCCAUUUCCUUAGUGCGGCCAUCAACUUCCAGCCCAAGAUGGGGGAGCUCUACAUGCUCUUGGCUGUGGCUCUGACCAAUCUGGAGGAUGUAGAGAAUGCCAAGAGAGCCUAUGCCGAAGCAGUCCUCCUGGAUAAGUGUAACCCUUUGGUGAACCUCAACUAUGCUGUGCUGCUCUACAACCAGGGAGAGAAGAGGGGCGCCCUGGCCCAGUACCAGGAGAUGGAGAAGAAGGUCAACCUAGUCAAGCACAGCAGCUCUCUGGAAUUUGACUCUGAGAUGGUGGAGAUGGCCCAGAAGUUGGGAGCAGCUCUCCAGGUUGGAGAGGCACUGGUCUGGACUAAACCAGUUAAAGACUCCAAAUCAAAGCACCGGACCUGUUCAACCAGCAAGCUGGCUGUUUUCCAACAGCCUCUCGGCUCUAAUCAGGCUCUAGGACAGGCGAUGUCUUCAGCAGCUGCAUACAGGAAGCUCACCACAGGUGCUGGAGGAACAUCCCAGCUCACCAAGCCACCAUCUCUUCCUCUGGAACCAGAGCCCACUGUGACAGCAAGUUCAGCUGACACCACUCUUGCAACUGAAGCAUCAGAACAAAUAAGAGAAAAAUAG